UGCGCUGCCUCUGCUGGUAGUUGUGCGCGAGGAACUCCCGAACUACUUCGGCAACCCGUUAUAACGGUCGACAUGGCGACCGAGGAAAUAACUAAGCGUUUUCUUAAGAAAAGAUGAAGAUAGCUGAUACUCAGUGAAGAAUGAGCGAGUUUCAGGUUUCACACCAUGUGAUGAUCACCCGGGACGUGUGAACUUCUUUAAGAACUCCUGUGUUCAGAAGAUUUUUUGAUUCCAGUGGAAUCUUUCAUCCCCACCCCCCGCCCCCAAUCUAUUAUUUCCUAUUUGUUAAAUGACACACCCAAUCACACAUACACCUGCACGCACAUCCAGGAGAAGCGCCCUUGUUUACAUGUAGAACAACCUCGCUACAAUGCCUGUACAAGCUCCACAAUGGACAGAGUUUUUACUGUGCCCCAUAUGCACCCAGACGUUCGAGGAGACAGUGCGUCGGCCCAUCAGUCUGGGUUGCGGCCACACUGUUUGCAAGAUGUGCCUCAACAAGCUUCAUCGCAAGGCCUGUCCCUUUGACCAGACGGCCAUCAACACCGACAUCGAGCAGCUGCCCGUCAACUCGGCCCUUCUGCAGCUGGUUGGGGGUCAGGUGCCCAAACAGCAACCUGUGGCACUCAUUGCGUGCCCAGAGGACACCAAGCAUUAUGAUGAGGCUCGGCAGUGCGUUGAGGAGUUGGCCCUCUACCUCAAACCUCUCAGCAGUGCACGAGGAGUGGGGUUGAGUAAUGCUGCUCAGAGCAUGCUGAGCCGCCCCAUGCAGAGGAAGCUGGUGACUCUGGUGCACUGUCAGCUGGUGGAAGAGGAAGGACGGGUCAGGGCCAUGCGGGCGGCCCGCUCUCUGGGCGAAAGAACAGUUACGGAGCUCAUUUUGCAGCACCAAAACCCCCAGCAGCUCUCCUCCAACCUGUGGGCUGCCGUGAGAGCCAGAGGUUGCCAGUUCCUGGGCCCCGCCAUGCAGGAGGAGGCACUAAAGCUGGUGCUGUUGGCUUUGGAAGACGGAUCCGCUCUUUCUAGGAAGGUUCUGGUCCUCUUUGUGGUCCAGAGACUUGAACCGAGAUUUCCUCAGGCCUCCAAAACCAGUAUUGGACAUGUAGUUCAGCUCCUCUACCGUGCCUCCUGCUUCAAGGUGACUAAGAGAGAUGAGGAUUCAUCGCUAAUGCAGUUGAAAGAGGAGUUCCGCACGUACGAGGCACUUCGGCGGGAACACGACUCUCAAAUAGUUCAAAUCGCGAUGGAGGGAGGGCUCCGCAUCGCCCCUGAUCAGUGGUCCUCUCUGCUGUAUGGAGAUCAGUCUCAUAAGUCACACAUGCAGUCCAUCAUCGACAAGCUGCAGACCCCAGCGUCUUUUGCUCAGAGCGUCCAGGAGCUGACCAUCGCACUGCAGAGGACGGGGGACCCUGCCAAUCUCAACCGGCUCAGACCUCACCUCGAGUUGCUCGCUAACAUCGACCCCAGUCCAGAUGCUCCUCCUCCCACCUGGGAGCAGCUGGAGAAGGGGCUGGUGGCGGUAAAGACGGUGGUGCACGGCCUAGUGGACUUCAUCCAGAACCACAGCAAAAAGGGUGCUGACACGCAGCAGCCUCCCCAGCACAGCAAAUACAAGACAUACAUGUGCAGAGAUAUGAAGCAGAAAGGAGGCUGUCCCAGAGGAGCUAGCUGCACAUUCGCUCAUUCUCAGGAGGAGCUGGAAAAGUACCGUAAAAUGAACAAACGUCUUGCUGCGCGAGUGCCCUGCACCCCUGGCCUGCUUCCUGAGGAGGGGAUCCCACUGGAGCCUGGGCGAAAGGCCCUUACCAACGGCAUUGUUGCUGGUCCUGGGACGCCUCUUCCCCAGCUCAUCCCCAGAGGCACAGACCCCUCCACAUAUGAGCUCUUACUCAAGCCCAAGAUGGAUGGCUCUAGCCACAGUGCUCCUGGGUCGCCACCUGACUCUUUGGAUGCAUCUGGCUUGUCCCUGACACCCCACCCUGUGUCUCACCACAGGGCGGAGCACUUACCCAUGCCCAAGCAGGUGCAAGUCGUGCCCAGAGGUGCGCCACAGAUGUAUCCGCAACAGCAGCCCGAGCUCUUCUAUCCAGAGCCAGCCAGACCUGCCUCGGGAUCUCAGUAUGACACUCAGUACCCAGCAGGCAACCCCUACCCAUACCAACCACAGUAUGUCUCUCCCCGCUACAUCCGCAACCCGCCUCCCCCGGGCGAGUCUGCAGUGCCACCUUACACAGAGCCCUACCCAGGUUACGGCCCAGAAAGCCAAUACCAGGGCCACCACUCUGGUCCCCCUUUCUCAGCCCACACCUAUGGACCGCCCCCCCAUUACAGUCGCAGACACGGACACUAUCCCGCACCCCCGCCUCCGUUUGCCCCUCCCAGAGACGACUUGGUCAGGAUGAGUCCCGUUCCCUUGGACGUUCCCCCGACUGCUAUGCCUCCACCUCCAUCAGGAGCUGCGGGCUCUCUGUACCACCCCCAGGAGACCUCAUCCAGAGACAGAUACCCACCGGACGGGUAUUAUCCUGCUGGACCGCAUCACAGCCAAAUGAGGUCCCACAUAAGAGAUCCAUACAGCCGCCCUCAGCCCAGUCUGGAUGACUUGCACCGCAGGCGCAAGGAGCUGCUUGUCCAGCUGGAAGAGAGAAAAGUCAUCUCCCCUCCCCCCUUCGCUGCCUCCCCCACUCCUACACACCCGUUCCCCAACGACUACCCUCAGGAGUAUUUGCAGGACGGCUCUAAAGCCUUUGGAAGUCGGGAGCCGGACUAUGCUGGGCAGUAUUCCCCGUGGUCGUGUGACACCAUAGGAUCAUACAUUGGCUCCAAGGAUGCUAAACCAAAAGAUGUCAGUAAUGCCGUGGAGAUGAUGAAUGCAGAGGGAAAAGUUCUGCGUGAACCUCCACUGGACACCCAGCGGCGCUCCGCGGAAGCCAAAGACGACGAUCCCAUCAUUCCCUUUGGUCCUCUGCCCACAGUGUCUCCUUUUGGUGCCAUUUCACGUACCUCUAAAACGGGUUACCAGACCACUGGGCCUGUACAGGCCAUGGCGUCCUCACAGGUCUCGGGCUCCAAACACAUGACAGCAGAAUAUCCGUAUGGAAGCCACAGCGGAUGGGGCGGAACGUCGUAUCCUCAGCACCAGAGCAUCAACUCUCAGGGACACUUCAGCGAGCGUCUGCCCAUGUCUGCCCCUGACCGCGAGCAGCUGAAGAUUGAGCUCCAGCAAGUCAACCAACAGAUCAGUCAGCAGACCCGCGGGAUGGAGGCUGCCAGUAACUCCAUGCUCCUGCAGAGGGAGGCAUGCGCGCUGGCGUCUCAGCCCGCGGCCGGAGUGAAGUGGUCUUCAGGUGGCACCGUGUCCAGUGAGCAGCUCAGCCUGGAGCUUCAUCACGUAGAGAGAGAGAUCGGAAAGAGAACCCGAGAAAUUGCCAUUGAGAACCAGGUGGCCCAUGAGUACAAGCUGAAGGCCACAGAGAACGGGCAGCCUGACCAUAAAGCCCAGCUGGAGGAACUCUCUUUAGCACUGGGCGAGGUGUCUAAUGGAUCCAGUGGCAUGAAGCCAGCAAGCAGUAUGGGUGGAUCUAUGCUCUCGCUGGCCAAUAAGACGUCGUCUCUCUCCCUCUGCUCCGCUGACCAAGCGGCGAGUAGCUCAGACCUUCAAAAGAACGGGGUCGUUCACUCUUGCUCUUAAAAGAGUGUAUUCACACACGCACACAUAUACGCAGACAACCUCUCCAGAGGUCAAUAUUCCUCCUCGGAGGGCUUUGAAAUUUGUCUCUUGACCAAUUCAACCAGUUUCAAGAGGUUUUGCGAGAUGCGUUUUUAAUAAUCAGACGGAGGGACACACACGAACACGCACACACCUGCAUGCUGCUACAUGCAUGCACGACACAAACUUCUCUGUUGUUUUAUUUAGAAAAUGAGCAGUAUCUGCCGUGAUAUAAAUUUUCUUUCUUUUUGUUCUGUGAAUGAGCUUUUUGUUUUAAUGACUUCUCAUCGCCUGGAAACCAGGGCAUCUGAAUAAUGCUUAAUUUGUUGUGUUCCCAGUAUAUCAAGAAAGGACAGUCAAACCCAAAAGCUAGCACAGACAGGACGACGCAAACUAGUGGAAUGCAAACGAGAAUCGGACGCACUAUUUGUAGCAUAGUGGGACUCGGGACUCUGUCGAAACGUUCCAACUCUCCCUGGAUCUCUGCAGCCUUGAAUAUGAUCUGACUCACCAGGUUUAAAGUAGCAUGGAGAACCUUUUAUGAAUCCAUUUUUAUGGACCGUUAACACGGGUCUCCUCACAUGACGCUCAACCGUGGCAGUAUAUCGCUGUAAGGCAGUUCGAUUGAGCUCUGGAUGACACAAGGGGGGAGAGAGAGAGAGAGAGAGAUAUCUUUAUAUAUAUAUAUAUAUAUAUAUAUUCAGUUGUCAGGUUUCAUUUAAUUUAUGGUUUGGCUAUAUAACUGUUAAGGAAUUUGUAAAUGUGUGAUGACGCGUGUCUAAAGCAUUCUGUUUUAUAGAAUGCAAACGGACGUCUUUAAAAAAAACGAGCACUUUUUUCCAUGUUUUCCAUGAGUGUGUGCUUUUUAGUCGGUUUAGUCGAACACUUCACUUCCCUUGUGUUCUUCAGAGCUCUGUGGUCAGGAUGAUUUUUGUUUCUCCCUGUGCCACAGUCUUCGUAAGAUUACAGCCUAUUAAGGAAAUAAUUUCAUCAUUUUUCCCUAACUUCUGUGAAGUUGCUUAUUUGGCUCUCCUGGUCGAGUUUGCAUAUUCGGGUUUCGCCAUUAAAUUGCUGCAAAGAAACACACCGGGGUGCGUAGUCCCGUAGCGCUGAACGAGUGCGUUAUAGUUUUGACACUCUGAUAAAUUUUUUUUUCUUUUUUUUUUCGAAAUUUGCUUUGGUGAGAAUGCUUCGUUAAAGGGAUAGUUAAACCAAUAAUACGUUAUGUUGUCGUCGACUCGCCUUAAUGCCGUUCAAAACCAAGAUGUUAAAAAAAAAUGGACAAAAACAGUUUUGCAUUCUACAGAAUAAUGUUUGAAAGACAUGAAGGGAGUAAAUUCUGACAAUUUUCUUUUUUGGAUUAACUAUCCCUUUAAAUCAAAAUCCAGACAGAUGUUUAUUAUUGAUGAGCUAUUUAAGUUUCCUCUUUCUCUUUAUAAACUCUAAAUUAGUUUGGAAUCAACUCUAGACGAUUAGAGACGAUUAUGAAUUUCUGUAGAAAUGAGACGAGCAGACUUUAAUGCGACCCGAACGUCGCGUGGAUCGAGGCCCAUCCCUUCAUCAACCUGCUUAGGCGCGUUUCUACACAGCGACCGUUUCCAAACAAGGCCCCGUAAAUAAAGAGAACAAGAGUAUUUGAAGUCUGAAGUCUUCCUAUAGUGAUGACAUUCUUCACGUGUGACAUUUUGUUCUAGUCUCUUGAGACCGACUAUGAUAUAAAGCUCCAAUUUUGGGUGCAACCUCUUAAUGUGUAAUCUUUUGUGGUUUUUGUGCUAUACCCGUGGUGAUAUAGAUGAUUUCUCUUAUUACGAUGACUUGUAGUCACGGUCAUUAUUUGAUGUUCUUGCUCGUGAAAGAGCACACGCAGCCUUUUUCAAGCACUCGUCGAGGUGUGCCGACGACAUCGACCUCACUGUCGAGGUUUUAGACGUAUCGCGUUGACGUCCAUGCUAAAUGUGCUGCCCCCUCUCCUCGACAAGGAAACUGAAUUCUGUUGAAGAUCUCCUGAAUUAGCCGAGGCUCUGCCUGAUCUGAAAUGCGCCACUUAGGAUUUCUCAGCUGAGCCGCUUGUUUCCUCUCUGGUGAAUCUGAUGUCAGGCUGGAUCUUUCCACCUCUGUUGUAUUAAAGUGAAACUCAUAAGAACAUGCCAAGUCGCAUUUCACCCAAAGAUUUAGUUAAAGAAACCAUGUUUUUGUUUUGUUUGUGUCAUUUUCAUGACAAUUAAGCACAUCUACCUCCCCAAAUUGGAAACACAUGGAGAAUUGUACUUGAUUUGAAUGCAAAUGUAAAUUUUUAAUAUAUAUUGAGAUGAAAUAUGUUCCAGGCAUGUUCUUAUGAGAUUUGACGCGUUUAGAGAAUUCUAUUUAUAUUGAUACAAGGGGGAAAAGUGAGCAGGAGGCGUUUAAAUCCAGCGGCUUAUUUCGACGUCACGCCUAUAGAGGCGUUUGAACGUGACUUAGAAACGUUAAAUGGCGAGGCUUUUACACAGAGGUGAGGAUUUGUGUUUAUUUUCCUCCUCCCAGCUGUUACCCAUACAAUUUUUAGGAGCUUGGCUAACACGCUCCUGUCACCGGUUCGGUUAGCAUUGGGUUUUCUUUAGUUUUUGUCUGGCGCAAGCACUAGCAAGUUUCGCAAUGCUAAUCGCUGCUACGACAGCGUUUGGCAGGUGUGUUGAGAUUUCUUUGGCUUUCGCAGAGUGCCCAAAGCUGUACGACGGUAAGCAUUCUCCAAUGCCGGGAUGCUGCUUCUAUUUGAAUCUUUGGAUCGUAUGGGAAUGUGCUAUCUUGUAUUUAAUAUUUAGCACUUGCUUGGGUGCUGUAGAACUUUUUUCCCCCUCUAAUGAUCAGUGAUCUCACUGAGCGUAUUACUUCGGGCGUGGAUAUUUUGUUCGUUUGUUUUACAAAUCGUCAACCAUCCACACUUUUGCGACUUACGGGAAACGACUCAGUCAGGCUCAUUUACAGUUUUGUGCAUGAGGUUCUUCUUCCUCAAGUGAGAAAUUGCAGAAUAAUGUGAUUUUCUUUGAGAAUGGGUCUGUUCCUAAUGGAUGAUAUUCAUUUCUCUGCCUGGAUUGUGUCUGUUUUGAACAGACCUGUUGAAUUCAUUUAAAUGAAAUGCAAAUUAACUCGUUUUGAACCUUAUAACACUGUUAUGGCUGUCUUUAUUUUUUGUCGUUUUGUUUUAUUCCUAACUUUUUGGGAAAUGUAAUGGCUUUUUUAUGAUUACUUCCAAGUUGUCUUGUAAAAUCUCUUAAAUUAAGGUACAGGCUCAAUUUCAACAAGGAAAGGUUUUAUAUAUAAAUAUAUAUUAUACUCCAUUAAGGAAUGUUUAGAACCAUCUUACUCCAAUGUGGAUGUAGCCAUUAUUACGCCAUUUUAUGACUUUGUAAAAGAAUUCACUGUGUGAAAAUUGGUUUGCAUUUUUGUAUAAUACAAUCUGCUUUUUGUUUGUUUAAAAGGAGAGGGAGGUGAAACUGGAUAUUAGAGGACAAGAUUUAAAUAAGAAAUAAUUUAACAGAACCUGUGAUAUUGAGAAGAAAAUGUAACUUGUGUACAACGAUUCUAAAUGAGAGGGAUGGAAUAAACAAUAUUGGUAACACUGCUA